AGCUGUCUGGUCUGCCCUCCGGGUGGUGUUAUCGGUCUCUUUUGUUAUCGCUGUGGUUUCUGUUUUUGUGCUCAUCAAGCAGUGAGACGAACUCUCUUUUUCAAACCCCCUUGAGCGUCAUGUUGUAUGCCAAUCAUGACAUCUGUGACCUCCGGUACAAAACGCCAUUAUUCAAGUGCUAUUGAGGAAGCCGACGUCAGCCACUCCGUCGGUAAAACCGACAUUGGUGACAGCAUCUGCUAUGGCGCGUUGGAUGAUGUGAGGGCCCAAUGUAUCAAUGGGCUGGGCCCGCUCGAAGACCAGAUCAUUGACAGCCAGAACGACGCAUUGUUUGUUUACUUUCCUGUGAAGAGACGGCAAGGCCCCUUCUGUCUGUUUUCGGAGAACGGGACGGCAUUUGCUAUUGUCGAUCAAGUCACUCAGGACACGUUGGCCGCGCUACGUCAAAUAGCUUAUAUUCGAUUUGAGGCUGUGUUUAGUACAGCAGCCCUCUCAAAACGAAAAAGGGGUUUUGCUAGGAAAUCUCCCGUGCUGGAGGACAUCUCGGUCAAUAUCUUUGGGCCCCAAGACAGUGUUGUCGAGAAGGAAGUCGCCAAGCGGUUGUUUAAAGUCUCUUUAUUUCUUCAACAUCCAAGAGCGUUGAGAUCGGGGAUCAAAUACCGCAACCCACAGUUCUUUGUAGCACCCGGGGAUAACAUCGAUCUCAACCAUCUGAUCGGGGUGAGCGACAACUCUUUGGUCAGAGCGAGAAUUCGUGGAGAGGUUGACAGCAUCCUUGAGUCUUUGAACGUGGUUUCUGCUGACGAGGUAGCUCCACUUGUACAUCCUAACAGUCUGCAGGCCAGAUUGACUGGAACAAGCUGUUCGGUUCAUGCUUGGUCGCGAAAAAGAAAGUCUUUCCGAUUCAUCACGGUACGGUACAGCCCUUCCCCGAUUAGCCGUCACAAUAACCCAAAAUGCUUGCUAGGGGAUGGCAUCAUAGAUACCAUUGAUCUCCAUGGCUCGUUGCAGACAGAUUUGUUCUCAACGAAGCUCAAAGCUGUGACAAAGCAAGUACUUGAAGCUGGAGCGGGCACCAAGCACCUCAUCUUUUCUCGAUGGAUACCCACUCUAUACGGCCUCGUCCACAUAUUUAGAGACGCAGGGGUCUCUACACUUCUUGUACAUGGAAAAACAAGCACCUCGGAACGAACAAGACUCAUAAAGACCUUCCAAGAAGACCCUCAAGCGUCCGUUCUUAUCAUGUCUGUGGGUACAGGGGCAGUCGGGCUCAAUCUCACAGCGGCGAGUCACGUACACGUGGUUGAGCCGCACUGGAAUCCUUCAGUCGAGGCACAGGCCAUCGCUCGGGCAGUUCGCAUGGGCCAAACAAAAAAUGUCAUCGUGACGAGGUACAUCAUGAAAGGAACAGUGGAACAAAACAUUGUUGCAUUACAGACCAAGAAGCAAACGCUCGCGAAGCUGACAUUCGACACCGGUGAUGGAGUAAACGAGAACCUGGAGGACUUCAAAACCGUGCUAGGUGUUAAACUCGAUUAGUGCCGCUCGCAUCAGGCACGCACGAAUUCGACU